AUGGACAAAAAUGGACGUGUUGGAGGUUACACAUUUCCGUUGUGGGAGAUGUCUUAUGGACAAAAAAGACCUUCCUCCUUGCUUAUUUGGAUAUUAAGGGAUACUGUCGAGGCGGUAAAUUCCCUACACGAGAAAGGCGAAUUAUGCUACAAUAUGAAAUUAAGUAACAUCCUACUGCAUGUUAAGGGUUACAGACUUGAAGUGAAUCUGUCUAUACUCACAGUGAGGAAUAAACCAGAUUGCAAUACGAUAUGGUGUUCGAAAGAAGAACAUACAGAUGUGAGUGACAAGAAAUCAAAUGUUUGGAGACUAGGAUUGGUGUUAUACUAUUGUUUAAGUGGCUGUGGUCUAUGGCCAUUUUCUGUUGAUACUGUGAAGUCAUUAACGGGUCAUGCUCUAAUCGAACGGGUGAAAGAUGCAUCCAAGAAAUUAGACCACCUUCCUGAAGCUGUUAGUCUACUGAAAAAUCUUUUGGGUCCAUCAGAUAAAAGAUUGAUUGGAUACAAGGGCUGUGCUGGAGCACAGGUUCUUUUGGACAAAAUGGAAGAAGCUGGAACUUUUAUCACUGGAGUACGAGCAACAGCUACAUUUGAAGAUUGA